AUGUCAGCUAUGUUUGUUGCUUCCAGGUCGGCACUGGCUAUACGUUCUUCCUUGUUGCCUAGAGCAGCAACAUGCUCGUCCGCCUCCAUCGCCAGAACUUCCUUCUUGACAUUGGCCAGACUAUACUCUUCGGACAAGUUCCCGCCACACACGGUGAUCCAUAUGCCGGCCUUGUCGCCCACCAUGACCCAGGGUAACAUUCAAGAAUGGAGCAAGAAAGUCGGGGACCAAUUGAGUCCCGGAGAAGCCAUUGCCGAGAUUGAGACAGAUAAGGCAUCCAUGGAUUUUGAGUUCCAGGAAGAAGGUUACUUGGCCAAGAUCUUGAUGGAGGCUGGAAGCAAGGAGGUUCCUGUUGGCCAGCCCAUUGCUGUUUACGUUGAAGAAGCCGACGAAGUGGCUGCAUUUGAAAAUUUCACUGCUGCUGAUGCUGGUGAAGGAGCAAAACCAGCUCCAGCUGCAGAAGAGCCAACGAAAGAAGAACCAAAAAAGGAGGAAGCAGCACCCUCAAAGAAGAGCGAGCCUUCAAGCCAGAAACUUGCUGCUCCAACCGAUAGAAUCUUUGCUUCUCCCUACGCCAAGACCAUUGCUUUGGAAAAGGGCAUCUCUUUGAAAGGUGUCAAGGGUUCCGGUCCACGUGGUAGAAUCGUUGCCAAGGAUCUUGAAGGUCUUGAAGCUCAAGGCCAAGCUCAAGCUGCUCCAGGAGCUACUACCGUUGCUGCUGGUGGUGCUGCUGCUGCUGCCCCGGUAGCUGCUGCCGGUGCAUCUUAUCAAGACAUCCCCUUGACUCAAAUGAGAAAGACCAUUGCUUCCAGGUUGUUGCAGUCGACUCAACAAUCGCCAACUUACAUCAUCCAGUCCCAGAUCUCCGUCUCGAAGCUUUUGAAACUACGUGCUUCACUCAAUGCUUCGGCUGAAGACAGAUACAGAUUGUCCGUUAACGACUUGUUGAUCAAGGCCAUUGCCGUUGCUUCUCAAAGAGUGCCCCAGGUUAACUCUGCCUGGUUGGGCGACCAAGGCGUCAUUAGACAAUACAACAAUGUCGACGUGUCCGUCGCCGUGGCCACACCAACCGGCUUAAUCACACCCAUCAUCAAGGAUGCUCAAAGCAAGAGAUUGUCGGAAAUCUCCAACGAGAUCAAGGACUUGGGCAAGAGAGCCAAAGCGGGCAAGUUGAGCCCCGAAGAGUACCAGGGCGGCACCAUUUGUAUCUCCAACUUGGGAAUGAACCACGCGGUCACUGCCUUUACUUCGAUUAUCAACCCGCCACAAUCUGCCAUUGUUGCCAUUGGCACUACUGAAAAGAAGGCGGUGCCAAGUGAAGUCAACGAGCAAGGUUUCAUCUUUGACGACGUGAUGACCAUCACGGGUACUUUUGACCAUAGAGUUGUCGACGGUGCUUUGGGUGGGGAAUGGAUCAAAGAGUUGAAGAGAAUUGUUGAAAACCCAUUAGAAAUGUUGAUCUAA